AAACGCGUGCGUGAAAUUUCAGAGGUAAAUGCAAAAUCCAUCUCGUGUUUUCGCGCUCUUACUUUUUUGCAGAACAAUUCACUGUGUAAAAGACAAAUAUAGCGGUUCUAAAUGGAUUUUGAAAGUGUGAAUCCCUUCAAUGUACGAGUGAACAAGAUCUCGGGCAACCUGCUGCCAAUGGUCACCGAUGGAUCGUCGUUUCCGAUACUCUGGCAGAUGUACAGCAUCUUGACAUGGUUACUGGAGUCUAUUCAAAUGAGCAUAUUAAUUCCCGGCUGCUUCAUCGUGCCGAAGGAGAAGGCUCUGAAGGACGGCUUAAUCGGUAUCGCGAUCACCCUGGAAGUAAUCUUCGUAAUUCUACGAAUCCACACGCGUCGGGGACUGGUGCAACGACUGAUUCGGAAACUGAAUGAGAUUCUGCGCUUGGAGGACGAGAUGAUGCGGAAUAUUACGACGGAGACCCUGAAGUCGAUGGAGAUCCCGCUGAAGUUCUAUUGGUCGGCCGGAGUGAUGUCCAUAGUUCUUUGGAGCAGUGCGCCGUUUAUAUUGGUCUUGAAAAAAACAUCCUUCUUUUACAUGGAUUACAGAAUGCCCGUCGCCUACGGCAAAGAGCCGUUGUCGACCGGCACCUUCGUGGUAGGCAGCCUUAUCGUAAUGACCAGUAGUGCACUCAUCUUCACGAAGAAGGUCGCCGUGGACACUUACAUGAUACAUCUGACGCUACUAAUAACGGCACAAUAUCGUUACAUCGCGCUGAAGCUCUCGACGAUAUUUCGAGGUGAGACUUCGCGAGACAAUCGCAACGAUCCCAUCGGCAAGGGAAAUUAUUCUAAAGUCGGUCGAUUCAUGGAAAAACAGAUCAGAAUGAUAUGCCAACAUCAUAACUCUGUUGUUCACGUUACCUUCAUGUUAAAAGAGCUACUGUCCUUAAACUUUAGUUUGCUAUAUGUCAAUAGCGUUAUUCGAUUUUGCUUUGUCGGUAUUAUGGUGCUAGCAAUACCGUCAACGACUGUGUUGGAAGGUUCCUUGAUCGUCAUGUACGCAAGCGGUGGAAUAGUACAGCUUUACAUACUGUGCUCUUGCGUGCAACAAUUAUUAGACGCGACCGUUGAAAUAACAGACAAAGCGUUCCACGAGGAAUGGUAUCUACAGGAACUAUCCGUAAAACGUACAUUUAUGUUUAUGAUAAUGGCAAAUAACUUGGAAUGUAAAUUCGCAACGUUUGAGAAAUUCAAUCUAUCUUUGCCCUCGUUUAUGACGAUCCUAAAUCAAUCCUAUUCGAUAGCUCUUUUGCUUUUAAAGACCAGCUGAAACGUGACGAGAGACAUCGUUUUCUCAGUAGAACAUUCUAUUGUUUUUAUAAUUUGUACCUGAGAGAAUAUUAAAUAAGCGCGGAUAAAAGUGACAAUUAGUUUUACAGAGCAUCC